GUCUCCACCGUUCCUUUCGGCUUGUCCAUCACACAACUGUGUUUGCUGUUGGGAUUAGGUGUCCUCAGCUCCAUUUUCCGAUGCACAGGGGAUUUUUCGGUAUUAUAAAUCAAAAUGAAAAUUAUUUUUUCUAUCCACCUUCUAGAAGUAGAAGUAGCUUCUGACUAAGGGCUCCACGGGAAUUAUAGGUCAUGGUUUUUGUCCUUUCAUGUGAACAGGUAUAUGAAUGAACGAAUGAAUCCUCAACGGCUCUGCCAAGCCUCUACCAAGAAGCAUCCAACCAUCUCGUGAAGAACUGUAACAACUCACUCAACUAUUCAUCAGCAUCCAACUUACUCAAGAAAUGAAUGAAUCAUUCAAAUAAUACAGAACCGCAUGACGAAGAGUGUGACGUCUCUUAUCAUGACUGUGGUGCUUUCGGUUUUCUGCAUCACCAUCGGCAUUAUCGGACUGAUGCGUCUUCUGAGCACCACUCGUCUCAUCAACGCUUUAUUGGCUGCAAAUACUGCAGUCCCCCUGGCCGCAGCUGGUGCAGUCCCCGUUCGCACGUGGUGGACUUCUACUAUAGCUGUUAUCGAUCUGUUUGGCAGAGCAGCAGAAUUGAAACAGCAAGAAGUGAUUAUGCAACUCUUCGGGGGUGCACAAGUUCAAGUACAACAAGAAGCAGCACCAGAGCGUUUCAUCGACGCCUUCUUGCAGCGCUUUCCCGAUUGGAAAAACCCGGUCCCAUCCGUCGGGCCCGUCGUCCUCUGCGAAACCUUCACUCUGAUCGCUGCCGUUCUCUGUCCGACUUAUCUCCUGUGGACCUACUUCAAACUUCCGAAUAAAGCAAGAGUCGCAGGAGCUCACGAGCACGACUACUUGGUCGAUGCGAGCUACCCUUAAUAUAAUAAGAGACCGCAGCCAGGGCUCCUAGUCCUACCCUUAAUAUAAUAAGAGACCGAGCUUCUAUGAGCGCCAUCGCUGAAGAAAGAGACUAUGCAUUUGGUCGAUGCGAGCUACCCGUAAGAGACGGAAGCAGCAGUGUAGUGGUCUUCGAUAUUCACACCCCUGGAAUGGGUAUAUUCCUUCACUUAUAACAAGCGCCAUCAAAGCCUGGAGAGGACGACUAAGCUCUUGAUGCGAGCUCCCCUUGAGUAGGAUGGACUGGAGAAGAACACACAGCUUAAGUAUCAAGAAAGGUCGUAACGUUCCUACUUCUAGUACCUAGUACUGUAGUUUUGACGUUUUGGGGCAAGAUGUGAUGGAGUUCGAUUUAAAGUAGAGUACUAUGAUGAACGUUCUCGUAUUGCGAUUGUUACGGGGGGUACAGCGGGUGUUUGAUUCGGUUGUUUGAAGUAGAAGAAUUCAGAUCAUUUUUUUACCGUGGAUGAACUAGUAGUG